GAUCUAAGGCGUUCACCAAAGCAGUCGAUAUAGAUACAAUUGUUAUAUAUUAAAAGGUGGCGGCAGUAUAAGGCGUGGGUAAAUAGUUUCUGACAAGGUCAUAUAGGCUAACCCCAUAGUAUAGACAAUAUGGAAGACUCGUCACAGAAGGGUCACCAAAAAUCUGUCACCGGUGGCAAAGCAAAGGCCAGAGCAGCGGCUGAGCACAGGAAAGUCGACCGCAAACAUGAGAACUCCUUCAACGCAAAGGCGUUCAUCAACGCCUCCUCCGUCAAUGCGCACAAGAAUCUCCGACGUCGCAAUGACUUGGAGACCAAAAAACAUCACAUUGUGAUGGCUGACAGGAACGUUGACGAGCCUCCUCCGUAUGUUGUGGCUGUUGUUGGUCCUCCUAAGGUGGGCAAGACAACACUUAUCAAGUCGCUUGUCAAGCGUUACACACGCCAGAAUAUCAAUGGCGAGAUCAAAGGCCCCGUCACGCUGAUAUCGGGUAAGAAACGGCGCCUGACAUUCAUGGAGUGCGCCAAUGAUAUAAAUAGCAUGGUCGACAUCGCAAAGGUCGCAGACCUGGUGCUUCUGCUGAUCGAUGCGAGUUAUGGCUUCGAAAUGGAGACGUUCGAGUUCCUAAAUAUCUGCCAAGUGCACGGGAUGCCCCGGAUUAUGGGUGUGCUGACCCAUCUGGACCUGUUUAAGAACAACAAGGUGCUCCGCAAAACCAAGAAACGCCUCAAAAACAGGUUUUGGACCGAAAUCUACCAGGGAGCCAAGCUGUUCUAUCUAUCGGGUAUGAUCGGGCAGCGCUACACACAGACGGAGAUCAUGAACCUGUCCCGUUUCAUAUCUGUCAUGAAGUUCAGGCCCAUGACCUGGCGCAACACGCACGGAUACGUGCUUGCGGACCGAAUGGAAGACAUCACUAACCCGGAGGAGAAACGCGUCAACCCCAAGUGCGACCGGACGGUGGCUGUGUAUGGCUAUGUGCGAGGCACGCACCUCAAGGCACACCACAAGAUACACAUACCAGGCAUGGGUGAUAUGUACAUGGAGAACAUGUCGUUCUUGGCGGAUCCAUGCCCCCUGCCCACACAGAAGAAAAAGCGCACGCUGGAUGAGAAGGAGCGAUUGCUGUACGCGCCCAUGGCCGAUAUAGGCGAUAUAGUGUACGACAAAGACGCUACCUACAUCGACAUGGGCAACUUCAUACGCAACAGGGAUGCGGUGGAUGCCGCUGACCAAUCAAAAAUCAAGGUCUCGGAGGAGUCGAAUCUGAUUGGUUCGUCGGAGGGUGACGCAGCACAGGAUGUGACCGAACUUCCGGGUGUUAAAAUGGUUGACACGUUGAUUGACAUGCCCAAGGGGCUGGAUGAGAUGCAGACGUCGGCUGGUCUAAGGUUUUUCUCCGGAGGUGCGGUGAUCAAAUCGGGCGACUUUGUGCAGAGUCAAACCGACAAGGCCGAGGGUCAAGAUAUGGGCCUAGGCGAGAGUGAGGACGAAGGGGUAGGGGGUGCGCAAGGGAAAGCAAGCACGCGCAAGCAACCGUCCGAGAGAAGUGAAGUGGUGGAUGGCCGCAGAAGGCGUCGCGCAGUGUUUGACGAUGAAGCGGAUAGUGACAGUGACGGCGGCAGUGGCAGUGACUCGGAGGACGACAGCAAUGCAGAGGAUGAGGAGGGGGCAGAUAUGCUGAAUGGGGGUGCCAAAAAGGGGGCCAAGCACGGUGGCAAGGUGUCGGAGCUGGAUGGAGAGACAGAGGAGGAGAGUGUGGAGUUUGCAGAGAGUGAUAGUGACAUGGGAGAAGGGCAGAUGAACGCAACGGACGACGACCAGAGCGAAGACGAAGACUCGUACGUGGCUGAGAUAGACAGAGUGGCCAGUGGCUCUGAAGAGGCUAGCAGUGGCAGCGGCAGUGAUAGUGAGGAGAUGGACUCAGAUAUGCAGGAGAGUGAGGCGAGCGAUGCUGGCGGUGACAGUGACGGCGACAGUGACAGUGCUGAUGAGGGGGCUCUGCAGGCGACAGGGACGAAGCAUGCAGUCACGGCCCAGGGGAAAGGGAAGAAGGGGUUGGGUGCUUCUGUGGGUGAGUCUGUGGAGAGUGUGGGUGUGGACGAGACUCACCCGUCGCUGAGGUGGAAGGAGGACCUGGCGCUCAAGGCCGCGGAGAGCUUUAAAGCUAGGCGUAGCAAGAAUAUCAUGACCCUUGUGUACGGCAAAGGGGGGAACGGUAACCAUGACAACGAGGAGGCGGAGUCGAGUGCAAAGGCGGACCAAGAAGAGGUUGCUGAGAGUGGUAUAUUCCAUCUGAAGAAGAAGGAUACGGGACACAGUGGAAUCAACAUGUUUGACGCCACAAAACACAGGCUACCCGCAGAGUUCAGGCACGAUUGGUACUCGGAAGGUGCUCAGGAGCUCAUCCGCAACCGCUUUGUCACUGGCACGUGGGCGGAGGAUGUUGACGCAGAGACGCAAUUAGCGAAAGACGACGAGGAGCAACGCCGACAGGACGCGUUAGACCGAGGCAUGGAGGUGAAGGAUGGCGACGAACUGUUCGGCGACUUUGAAGAUCUUGAGACGGGUGUGCGGCAUGGGCUGGGCAAUGAAGGGGAGAGUGGAGACGAGGAUGCAGACGAUGAAGACGGUGACGUUGUCCUUGACGACGGGAGUGCCAUGGAAACGGGCGAUCGGGUGAGUGAACUCAGCAAAACCGCCAAAAUGCGCCGUCUGGAAGAGAUUAAGAAGAAGAAGAAGGCCAUGUUUGACAAGGAGUACGAUACCAAAGACAACACAGAGUUCUUUGACGAGAUGAAGAAGGGCAUCGCCGAGCAGAGCGCUCUGAACAGGGCUGAGUUUGCGAAUGAGAGCGAUGAGGUGCGGGUGCAGUUUGAAGGUUACAGGCCGGGGAUGUAUGUGCGCGUAGAGCUGGUGAAGAUACCGUACCAGUUUGUGCAGAACUUCAACCCCUGCUAUCCGUUGAUUAUGGGGGCGUUGCUUAGCAACGAAGAGAACCUGGGGUUUGUACACACGCGCGUGAAGAAGCACCGGUGGCACAAGAAAAUCCUCAAGAACAACGAUCCACUGAUUAUCAGUAUGGGCUGGCGAAGGUUCCAGACCACCGUGCAAUACAGUAUACAAGAUCACAACAAACGCAACCGCCUGCUCAAGUACACCCCUCACCACAUGCACUGCAAUGCCCUGUUUUGGGGACCGCUCACGCCCCCGAACACCGGAUUUUUGGCCAUACAAAAACCCUCGCGCGAUGCACCCGGGUUCAGGAUAGCGGCCACGGGUGUGGUGCUGGAAUUGGACCAGAGCUUCGAGGUGGUGAAGAAGCUGAAACUCACCGGAACACCCACCAAGAUAUAUAAGAACACCGCAUUUAUCAAGGACAUGUUCAGCUCCGACCUAGAGAUACAGAAGUUUCUGGGCGCCAGUAUACGGACCGUGAGUGGUAUUCGGGGCAGUGUGAAGAAGGCGAUGAAGGGCCAGGGGAUGCCCCCGGGAGCGUACAGGGCCACUUUCGAGGACAAGAUUCUGAUGAGCGACAUAGUGUUCCUGCGAUGCUGGUACCCUGUGCAGCCGAUCAAGUACUACAACCCCAUGACUUCGUUGCUGUCUGUGGAGAAGGGCGGGACAGAAGACAUGCCCAUCAUGCGCACGGUAGGGCAAAUGCGCCGAGACGCACAGAUUCCCGUGCCUGUCAAUAAGGAUUCGGAAUACACCAAGAUCGAGCGAGAGACGCGCAAGUUCAAUCCGCUCAAGAUCCCCAAGGCAUUGCAGGCUGACCUGCCCUUUGCGUCGAAGCCUAAGCUGCUAGUCAAGAAGAGUGCGAACAAUAAGAAGAACGCGUUGAAGAAGAAGAAGGCCAAUCCGUUCAUCUCACAUGCAGUUGUCAUGGAGCCGGCGGAGAAACGCGUAUACAAGCUCAUGCAGCAGAUCAAUACCAUACGCAACGAUAAGAAUCUGACCAAGAAGGGCAAGAACGACGAGAGAAAGGCGAAGAAGGCGAAGGCAGAGGCCCUACACGCACAGAAACGCGCUGCGCGGGAGAAAGAUGAGAAGAAGAGACAUUUCCGAACGGUGGGCAAGGAGGAGAAACGACAGGAGCACAGCGCAAACAAGAGACGAAAAACAGCGGACUAGCACAGCAGUAGAUGCUUUCAAUAGCAAGAGCACGAAUGCAUAAAAAGCCUUAUCCGCC